AAAACAGAUACAAAAAAACACCUUCUUGAUUAUUUGAUUGAGAAUAUAACUUUUAAAAUGGUUACAACAAUUUUAAAAUACUUAUCGAAACACCCUUUUAUAUAUAUAACAACACUAAACUAAAUCCAAUGAUAACCAUGAAGCAUCACCAUUUCCUACUCGUAUCUUUACCAAUCCAAAGCCACAUCAACCCCACUUUCCGACUAGCCACCAGACUCACACGCACCGGUGCUCAAGUCACUCUGGCCACCACCAUCAGCGGCCUCAAAACCCUCCCUUCAAUCUCCGGCAUGUCUUACCACUUCUUCCCCGGCGGCGGUGCUGAUGGAAAACUAACCUCCAUACAAGAACUCAAAUUCCUUGGGUCAAUAAACCUCAAAGAACUCUUGCUAACAAAAGCUAAAGAGGGACAAAAGGUGGAUUUAUUAAUCUAUGGUCUUUCCCUUCCAUGGGUGGCAGAGGUGGCGCGUGAUCUCCACGUGCCGUCGGCAUUAUUCUUCUUCCAGUCGGCAGCUUCUUUUUCGGUGGUUUACCAUUUCUUUAAAAGUGACGGUGGGGUAGGAAAUUCCAAUAUUGACCUUACUGGUUCAAUUAAAGUACCAGGAUUGCCCUUGUUAAGAUAUAGUGAAAUCCCUUCGUUUCUCAUCCCCACCCAUCGAUAUGCUUAUGUUUUCCAAGAACAUAUAGACACCCUAGAAAAACAACCAAAUUCGUUCAUACUAAUCAACAGUUUUGAUGGCUUAGAAGAAGAAUCGAUUAAAUCACUACCGGAUCACAUUAACAUCUUCUCCGUUGGACCAUUGAGUUCCGGCGAAACGGAGGAGCCGUUCGUCAUUGAUACUAUUCAGGAUUCCGAUCGAGAAACAUAUCUUAGAUGGCUAGACUCGAAACGGGAGAAAUCAGUGGUUUACGUUUCCUUUGGAAGCUUGGUGAAGUUACAGAAAAAUCAAAAAGAUGAGAUAUUUCAAGGAUUAAUCGAAUCAGGCUACCCGUUUUUGUGGGUCAUUCGCAAUCAAGGAGAGGAUGAUGAAGAGUCGAGGCGUUACACGGCGGAAGGCGGUGGGUUGAUAGUGAGAUGGUGUUCGCAGGUGGAGGUUCUGAACCACGUUGCUGUUGGGUGUUUUGUGACGCAUUCUGGGUGGAACUCGACGGUGGAGAGCAUAGUAAGUGGGGUGCCGAUGGUGGGGUAUCCACAGGAUGCCGAUCAGAAGAUGAAUGCAAAGAUGGUGGAGGAAGUGUGGGGGAAUGGGGUGAAGGCGGUGGCGGAUGGUGAAGGUGUGGUGGGGAGGGAAGAGAUGAAGAGGUGUUUGACGGUGGUGAUGGGAGGUGGAGAGAUAACGAGGAACUGUGAGAAAUUGAAAAGCAUGGCUAUGGAGGCCAUGUCGGAGGAUGGAUCUUCACAUAGAAAUCUAAAUCGAUUUUUCCAAACCUUAAAACUUGUUUCAGAAUGAAAUUUUGAUCGAGACAUUUUUCGUUUCUGAAACCGAAAUUUGUACUUUUUAUAUCAGUUUUUAUUUUCGGUUAAUGUCUUGUACUCAUGUUCUACAUUGAGAGUACGAAAACUUCAGAUCAUAUUCCAGAUUAUCAUUUUAGCACACCUUUAUCAUUUGCCUUUAUUCUAAGUUUGCAAUAUUUACUAGCUGGAUAAAUCGUCA